AUGUCAUUCCUCCUAGUUUGUAUUCUGAAUUGGAAAUCUGGAGACUGGUUGGAAUUUCUUCAGGCCCAUUCGCCAAGGAAAAUUGGUAGCACCCAUGGUAGUCCAUUUCCAAACUGUCGAGUUUCAAACUGUCGAAUACCUGCACAACGCAACGGUUCAGUCCAUAAAUCUCCAGGCAGAACACAUAUUGGAUAUCACCAAUUCUUGUUGGUGCUGUUGGUGAUGGUUGCUGGUGGAAUGGUAAAUCACAUGGUUUUGGUGGUGGAGACAACCAGUGGUAGAAAAAUGCUUCCAGGUAUGUUUGAUUGUCAUUACAUUCCACAUUGCCAUCAAGAAUCUGUAUGCUGCUUCAAAUACAUUCCUUUGCUUGUUGUGGACAGUCUUGUGAGGUACAGGUUGUUUUCAAUACAGUUUUAGUAACUGGUGCCAAACAAGGUACAAACAUGUCUUGCUCACAACCCCAUUCAUCUACAGUUGAAGAUAACGCGAAGUUGAAUCUUGGAAACUGUUGCAACCAGUGUACCUUUCCAGCACCAUCAGCAGCAACGAAAGACUGGAACACAUCGUUCAGACAUGCAGCAUAUCUGUGAUCAGCAGCUAAUUUGGACAAGUUGAAUAAAAUUUCUGGUUGUAAACAUGUCGUAACUGACGUGGGGAUAGACUGCAAGCCUAUGGAUUCAAUCACGAUUAUCGUAUCGAAGGUAGAAACUUGGGCGACGAUAUAUCGAAAAUAUAGCUAUGGUUCAAGACUAUCGUGAUAUUGCCUUCCAUGUGUAUAUAUGUAUAUUAUAAAAAUACUUUUAUUUCCUUGAAAAGACAGCUAUUUAUUGACGCUGGGAUAAAAAAACAAAGUUAUUAAUAUGCAAUAAACUAAGCCUACUGUAAGUGUCUACGGUACAUGAGCCAUCAGAAACACAGCAAACGAUUCAUUGGCAAACGUAGCUAUUUUACUUUAUUUUACGUAUUUUUACAUUUGCACAAAUUUUCAAAUAUGAAAUUUUGUCAUUGAAAAUUUGAAAACUAUAAAACUAAUGUUGUUCAUGGAUGGCUAUAAUCUUGUUUUUUGUACCAAACCAUCUUGGAACUUUAAUUAAAAGUGAUUUGCAACUGAAACUCUGCAGUUAUUUUUUCUAAUGUAUCGCAAUAAUAUCGAAUGUCGAUACACACGAUACGAUCCACCUUAGCAUAACACUUGUUUCACGUCAAGGAAAUGCACAAAAACACUCUUGUUGUAUAAAAAUAUAAGUACUUCUUGCAUUAAAAUUCAUUAUUUUACAAAUUCAUGUUUUUCUUGUAUAGUGAAUUUAAAUUGCCAGCAACCAACGACGAGCAGUGCAUCAGCCCCCUCGUCCUCACAUAUUCAAGUUAAAGAUUCCACCAGUCAUACAUUCGAAUAUUUGAGGCAUUACAAAGUUGUUUGCGAGGACUCAACAGAUGUUGUUACAGACUCCUCUGAUGACUUGUUCUUUUUGAAUGGUGAGAUUAGUUGUACUUUUGAGCUGGUUGUUCAAGGUUAG